AUGCCCCUCGCGCUCGCCCGAGUCGCCGGCAAACUCGCCCAGCGCGCCGCGGGCGACGGCUCGGACGCCUCGACAUCCAGGGCGAUCGCUCCCGAGCGUCGUAAACGUCUGGCUCUCGUCGCGUUCACGCUGGUCCACGGCGUCGGUUUCACCGCUCUGCGACUGAACUCGAACGAUUUAACGCGCUCGGAGACGUCGAGGUCGACCGCGCGGACGCUCUUCGCGUUAUUCACGCUCGCGGUGACGUCGUUCGCGCGCGUGCUCGGGAGCGACCCUGGAUACGUAUCGGGCGCGGAGAUGGCGGAUGCGGAGCGACUGUUGGAAGAAGCCGCGGAGCCCGGAAGCGGCUGCGCGCGGUGCGACACGUCGAGCACGCCGCUGCGAGCGAGACACUGUCGAGUGUGCGAUAAAUGUGUACGGAAGUUUGAUCAUCACUGUUUUUGGGUCGGGACGUGCGUGGGGGAAAGGAAUCACGGACGGUUUUGGAUGUUUUUGGCGGCGCAGACGGCGCACGCGGCGUACGGGACCUUCGUGGCGCUCACGGGCAUCGUCGGAGCGACGGUGAAUCACUCGACGUGGAGGGAGGUGUUCGAUGAUAACGUCGGUAGCGCGCUCGCGGUGGGAUACCUGAAUCUCAUGCUGCUCUUCGUCAUGUUUCUGUUGGUGUUUCACAGUUAUUUAUUGCUCAGCGGACAAACGACGUGGGAGGUGAGCGCGCAGAAGCGAGUGACGUACCUGAAGGAUUUGCCGAGCGGCUCGAAGCCGUUUGACGAGGGCGCGGUCGCGAACGUGAGUGCGGCGUGUUAUCCCGCGUCGAUUCCGAGAACUUGGCGCGUUCCGAGUCUCGCCGCGCUCGAGGCGAAGGCAAACGAUCAGACAUUUUUCCAAAACGAUCGAUAUAGCUGCUUCUAG